CUGAUGGUCGCGGCUGCGCGAGAACACCUGCUUUGCGUUCUGCGUGACUUCGCGCCCGUCGCGAAUGGCCUACGAUGCGCCGGACUUUGUCCCCGCAUGACAACUCGAUAUAGGAAUCUCUUCAUCUUCUGUCGCCAAAAUUCAGAUAACGUACGCGGUUGUUUUGUAAUUUUGAAACAUGCAUAUCCUUUUUUGAUAUUUUAAUGAUAUGAGGACAAUGUUAUAUGAAUUCGUUACGCAAGGAGAUCAAUUUUAUACCUCUAAUUACAUUGUAUUGAGAUGAUAAUUCUUUUUACAUAGCAAAAAAUGAUUAAUCAAGAAAGUAUUUUAUCGACAUCUUUAGCACCAAGUUCAAAUCAAUAUGCAGAAACGGAAAAUGAACCAACUGAUAACUUGUAUCUUGCACUGAUACAAUGCUUCGGUAUUAUACUAUGCGGGUAUACAGCAGGAAGAUUUGGUGUGAUAACAAAAACGGAAGCAAAUGGCCUAAAUACUUUUGUUGGCACUUUUGCUUUGCCUUCUUUAAUCUUUAUGUCUUUGGCAAAGCUGGAUUUCACUUUAGUUAAUUGGAAAUUUCUUCUCGCUGUAUUACUUGCUAAGAGUUGUGUCUUUAUCAUAGUGCUUGCAGUUUCAUUAGUAAUUAAAAAGCCAUCAAAUCCUGGACGUGCUGCACUCUUUGCAAUAUUUACCACUCAGAGCAAUGAUUUUGCCAUUGGAUAUCCUAUGAUCGCUGCUCUCUAUGGAAAAACGCAUCCGGAAUAUGCCGCUUAUUUAUACCUGAUGGCUCCUAUAUCACUGACAAUUUUAAAUCCAAUUGGUUUCAUUUUGUUGGAGAUAGGCAAACGACGUGUUGAAGAGCAUACAAAUUUAAGAGAUAUGGUUUACUCUGUUGUGAAAGGUGUUGUGUUUAAUCCUGUGCUUUUUAUGACAGUCCUGGGGAUUGUAGGAAAUCUUAUCUUUAGUCACAGCGUACCACAUUUGCUCGCUGCGAUCCUCGAAGUAUUUGGUAAUGCUUUUUCGGCUAGCGCAUUGUUCCUACUUGGUUUAAUGAUGGUAGGAAAGAUACACAAAUUGAAAGGUACUGCGCUAGUUAUACCAGGUAUAUUAAUCUCAGUGAAGCUGCUAGUCUUGCCUCUAGUCAUAAGAGAAUCUAUUAUUCUCUUGAAUGCUGGGGAUAACGUCACGGAAACAAGAGAUUUAAGCACAUAUGGCUUCCUGUACGGUACUAUUCCGACAGCGCCUGCUCUGUUUAUUUUCACUUUAAGAUACAAUCUCGAGAUUGACUUAAUUGCAUCCGCUAUGGUAGCUUGUACAUUUCUCUCUGCUCCGCUUAUGUUCGUAUCGGCUAAAAUGAUCGAUGCAGUUUCUGCUGGAAUUACACCAGCUAAUUAUGCACGACAACUGAAUAUUUUUUGUUUUGAUAUAAGUGUUGCGUCAACAGCAGUUUGUAUAUGGUUGUUGAUAUGUUUUCUUGGAUUUGGACGGAAAAGAUACAACCAAGUUACUCAUCGAUGCACUCUUUGUCUCAUAAUUGCACAGCUCACAAUAGCAAUAGGUGUGAUAAUGUGGUCAAAACUUGACUCAAAUAAUAAUCAAACAAUAUUUUGGUACAUCCAGUUUAUUCUAAUAACUACUGGUGUAUAUGCCAGCAGAAUAUGGACAGCUGCGAUCGCAGCAACAUUACUAUUUCUGAGUUCACGUUCAUUGUCUUUUGUUAAAAAUCUCCAGAAAUGGUUUUAUCCUAUUGGAUGGGGAAUGCCACUUUUAAUGGUAACAUUAAUAUGUCUCACUGUUAGAUGGAAUCCGUCUGAUCUUGAUUUAAAAAAUCCAAAUUUUCAAUUGGGCAGAACUCAAGCUGCUGUAUCUUCGUUUAUAUUAAUAUUCUGUUUUAUAGUGACAUUAGGUUGUUUGAUCUUGCAACAGAGAUAUCAAAGAAGAUAUAAUACAAUGUCAUACGAGCAUCUAAGAAAUAACGUAGAAAAUUCUAUAACUGAAAAUAAUGAAAGAAAUGAAAGAAAUGAAAGAACUAUAGUAGAUGUGGAAGAUUUAGUUUCUCCAUUAAUUAAUGUAACACCUAACACACUAAUGGGCUGUGAAUUCCAAAAUGGUUGUCCAAAUGGAGCAUGCAGAGCUGAUGAAGAUAGAAACGAACAGAACUAUGAAGAAGAAAAUGGGAGAAAUGCAGAUGAUGAUGCUCAAAUAUUGCGACAUCUCGUUUUUCUUAUUUUACUUUUGUGUUCCAUGUUUAUUGGCUUAUCGAUAUCCGUGGGAACAUUAAUAAUGGAACAAUUAACAGGCAUUUAUGCCGAGCUUGCAUUCUUAGAUGUGACUUUGAAUUUUGGACAAUCGUUAAUAGCGUUUGCUAUCUUUGGAUUAGAUCCUAGUCUCGGUAAAUUAGGAUAUUGGUUGCGAAAAAUGUGUAGAAAAUGGCAAUCUGGAAAAGAAUUACAACUUCCUUGCGAGGAGGCUCUCAGCCAAGAAGUAAAAGAGAUUCGGGAACAAUUUAAUCGAUGUCAUUUAGACGCAUGUCGAGCACGUAUAUCCAUGUGUCGUAGGCGAUUAUUAAGAGUAUAUAGAGGAGUUUUUUCGGGGACAGAUUUGGUCAACUGGUUGCUUGAAGUUGGCAUUGUCAAUAAUCGAGAAGAUGCCGUAAGAUAUGGUCGUUGCUUGUUGGAGAGCAGAGUUCUACAACAUGUCGAUGGCACACAUCACUUUUAUGAUCAAAAUCUUCUCUAUACGUUUAACGCAUAAUUCGAUUUUCGAAUGUUUUGGUUGUAUUUCCGACAGAACAAAAUAGUUCCAUUAUUUAUAUUUUAAAUAAUGAUCAUUUGAAUAAGAAGCAAGAAUGAUUGAAUUAUAUAUAAUAAUAUACAAUCAAACCUUCAUGAUUUUUAUAUAUUUAACUUGAAAAAUCUUUUUAGUCUUAGUUUUUUUGAUCUUCACAUACAAUAACAUAAUCCAAAAUGGUAAAAUGGAAACAUUAUACAUUGUCUGUUCAUGAAUAUCAGUAACUUCUUUAUCUUCCUUAUUGGAUUUUCUUUAUAAGAUAAAUGAGAUAUUGUCAUUUUUAUAGUAUUUACGAUUUCACUGAUUAUUUUCAUUUUAUGUACAUCAAAAUAACAAAUGUAAAAGUAAAGCAAUAUAAGAGAAUUUGAUUUGACGAAGACUGAAUAAAACUCAGUGUUAUAAAUAGGAGGUUUGAUUGUAUUUGUUAUUUUUAAAAUACAUAAACUAAUUAAAUAA